AUGCAGGUGGUAGCAUGCUCGUUGUUGACGCUCCUCACGCUCUCUGUCAGCGCCGUGUCGGAGGCUAACUUCUGCCCUAAAGGCUGCAACUGCUCUGAGUGGGGGACUUUCACAGUCUCCUGCGUUGACAUUGAUAUUCUCCCCAGGUUUCCCGCGAGCACGGAGACGCUGUGGCUUUUUGAAACCCGUCUUUCAUCCGUGCCAACAGAUGCAUUUGCAGACAUGGUCAACAUUUCAAGGAUAUAUUUCUCCGUGGAUGUGACGCUGCAGAGGCUAGAGAGGCACUCUUUCUACAGCCUGAAGAAAAUCACCCAAAUAGAGCUCCGAAAUGCAAAAGGUCUGACCUACGUUGACCCGGAGGCCUUUCAAAAUCUCCCAAACCUCAAAUACCUGGGAAUUUUCAACACCGGCCUUACUUUCUUUCCUGACUUGAGCAACAUCCACUCUAAUGAAAUGAACUUCAUCCUGGAAAUAGCCGAUCACCCCUACAUCACUGAAAUCCCGGCCAACUCGUUCAACGGCAUCACAAGUGACGUGCUGACAGUGAUGUUAUAUGGAAAUGGCUUCAGAGAGAUCCAUCAUCAUGCCUUUAAUGGAACCAAACUAGAUCAAGUUGACCUCCACAGGAAUAAAUACCUUACCAGGAUGGAUGACAUGGCUUUUGCAGGCUCCAUCAGUGGCCCCAAUCUUCUGGAUGUAUCAGGCACGGGGGUCACCUCCCUGCCAACCACAGGUUUGGGCUCUCUCCGGGAGCUGAAGGCGCGCAACGCCUGGGCCCUCAAGAAACUUCCACCCAUUAAAACAUUCAAGAACCUCAGCAUCGCCAACCUCACCUACCCUAGCCACUGCUGCGGCUUUAAAAACCUCAAGAAGAGGCAGAGCUAUUUGGAGUACAUGAUGUGUAACCUGACUGCUUUCCAAGAUCAGCAUCACAAGCGCUCUGUGGGACCCCUCAGCAUGCCCUCCCUUGAAGGAGACAGUGCGGUCGAAACAGUCCCAGACGAUGAGCAAAACGACGGCGUCCACAAAGAGCUGCAUCAAGACUGGGGGAGAGGUGACUUCCACGGCAGCCUCCAUUACCACGCGUACUUCGGGGGUCUGCCAGAUGAGGAUGUGGGUUUCGGAGAGACUCUCAAGAACCCCCAAGAGGAUACCAGCCAGUACUUUAACAGUCACAUCUAUUAUGUGGUGUGUGAGGAGGGGGAAGAAGUGGUGUGUGCACCAGUCCCUGAUGAGUUCAAUCCUUGUGAGGACAUAAUGGGGUUUGGCUUCCUGCGAGUGUCUGUGUGGUUUGUGAGUCUGCUGGCUGUUUUAGGAAAUGUUGUGGUUCUGUUGGUGCUGCUCACCAGCCACUACAAGCUAUCAGUCUCCCGCUUCCUCAUGUGUCACCUGGCCUUUGCAGACCUAUGCAUGGGGAUUUACCUGCUGCUUAUCGCUUCUGUAGACCUCCACACACGAUCAGAGUACUUCAACCAUGCCAUAGAUUGGCAGACAGGCCCUGGAUGUGGACUUGCCGGGUUUUUCACGGUAUUUGCCAGUGAGCUCUCAGUGUACACCUUGACUGUGAUCACUUUGGAGAGGUGGUAUGCCAUUACCUUUGCGAUGCGCCUGGAUCGUAAGCUUCGUCUGCACCAUGCGGCAGCUGUGAUGCUCGGCGGCUGGGUCUUCUGCCUCCUUUUGGCAUUGUUCCCUCUGGUCGGGGUGAGCAGUUACCAGCGGGUCAGCAUUUGUCUCCCAAUGGACACCACCUCCACAGGGGCGCAGGUCUACAUCCUGUCUGUGCUGGUUCUCAACAUCCUGGCCUUUCUGGUGAUCUGUGCUUGCUACAUCAAGAUCUACUGUGCAGUUCACAACCCUCACUACCGAUCUGGAUCAAAGGAUACAAACAUCGCCAAGCGCAUGGCUGUCCUAAUCUUCACUGACUUCUUGUGCAUGGCGCCUAUCUCCUUCUACGCCAUGUCUGCAGUCCUAGACCGGCCCCUCAUCACUGUGUCCAACUCCAAAAUAUUAUUAGUGCUGUUCUACCCUCUGAAUUCCUGUGCCAACCCUUUCCUCUACGCCAUCUUCACCAAGGCCUUCAGGGGGGACAUUUUCAUCCUCCUAAGCAAGGUGGGUCUCUGUCAACAGCGAGCUCAGCUCUUCAGAGGCCAGACGGUCUCUUCAAAGGGCAGCAGCGGGACUUCUCAAGCCCGUAGAGACAAGGAUAAGUUUAGAAAAGGAGGAAGAGGAAGCCAGGAAGAGGUGCCAAUCCACCUGAAGAAGUGCUGCGGACAUACUUACCACCAACCGGUCUGCCAGAAGGCAAGUCCUGAAGAGAACCAGAGCCUGAACACAUGAGCCAAACACCAGCUCAAGGUAGCAAAGCAUGACAGGUUCAGGUGGGAGAGAAGAGGCCUUGAGGUGUUUGUGGACAGAUCUGUUUGGAUAUUUAACAGGGAAGUCCAGGAUUCAAUAUCUGCUGCCAAGUUCAGCUGUUUUCACAAUUUGGGCUGUGACGAUUUUAUGGUUGCAGUUGUUGGAGGAUAUCAAGUGUUUCUGAAAUAUGAGCCCCACUUCGUCUCUCUUAGAGUCCUUUGUAAUUGAAGGGACAGGCUGGAAAAAACGGACUGUUGAGAGAAAAAUUGUUAAGGUAAAAUCUCAAAUACAAGAAAAUAAACACCAAUCUUUUAAGUAUCUGUAAUGAUAUAUACACAAAAUCAACUUGAAAUCAAAGGAAAUAUGACAGACUUUAUAUGAAGGUUUUGAGGAGAUGUAUUUAUAAUCAUUAUAGUGUUCAAGGACAGCCUGCUGGCUCAGUGCGGAGACAUAAAAACACUGCAUUUAUGC